AUGUAGUAGUAAUUAGAAUAAAGUGUAAGGAGAUUAAGAGAUUAUUAAUUUGAUACAAAAUAUCUAUUGGGAGAAGGAGCUUUUGGGAAGGUUUAUAGAGGAAAUAAAUUGACAACAAACUAGGAAGUAGCUAUAAAAAAAAUAGAUAGUUCAAUGAUCAAUAAAGAUCAAUAUCUAAUUGAUGCAUUAAGUAUCUAUGUAGAAUGAAAAUGUUUUAGACUUUGAGAUCCAAAUAAUGAAAUAACUUGAUCAUCCUAAUAUUGUGAAAUUUAUAGAUAAAUUUAAUACGGAUCGUUCAAUCUAUAUAGUUACAGAAUAUUGUGCAGAUGGUGAUCUGAGAAAUAUAAUGAAGGGAAGACGUAUUCCAGAAUCUGAAGUUAAUUAGAUUUUCUGUUAAUUAGCUAGUGGUUUUAAAGAAUUAGUAAAAGCAAACAUCAUUCAUCGAGAUUUAAAGCCAGCAAAUAUAAUGAAUCAUAGAGGUGUAGUAAAGAUAGCAGAUUUUGGAUUUGCAAAAAUAGUUGAUAAUUUUAGUGGAGAAUUAUUAAGAACUUGUGUUGGCUCACCUUUAUAUAUGGCACCUUAGAUAUUGAAGAGAGAGAAAUAUACAACUAAAUCAGAUAUAUGGUCAUUGGGAGUAAUCUAUUAUGAAAUGAUAUAUGGUAUGGCUCCAUGGACAGGUGUAGAUGAGAAAAGUUUAACUGUGAAUGUAAUGAAAUAGCCUUUAAGAUUUCCAGCUGGAACUAUUUUAUCUGAUUUUGGAAAAAACUUUUUGAGUAGAGCUUUGGAGAAGGAAGAGAGUAAAAGAAUGGAAUGGUCAGAAUUAUUUGCCAUGUUUGAGUCAGAGAAGAAUUUAGGUGCUAUUGAAUUUAAUGUAAACAUGACUGGUAGUUAUAUAUUGGAAUAACCAUAACCACAACCAGCAUCUUAAUAAAUACUAUAGAGUGAUGCUUCUUCAUAAAGGUUUAUGAAUCAAUUGAAUAACUAUAAUUUAUAAAGGAUGUAAAUUAAUUUUUCACAUUUUGUUAAUGUGGAAAUGACUUAGCAUAUUUCAACUAUUGCUUAACAUUAAAAAAAGGAAAUGUAUUUCGAAAUGCUUUGUUUAUUGUCUGCAAAAUUUAUAUCCAAUUCAUUCAAAUUACUAUAAUCCAAUGUUCUUGCCCUAUUUGAAUAAUACAAAAAGACUACUGAAUACAUAAGAUUUAUAAGUCAAAUGUAAUAGGAAAGUUAAUUGGCAUCUGAAUUAUUUACUAAUACUAUGCAGUAUUUUGAUAGAAUAGGAUUACUAUCCAAUCUUCGAUUAUCUGCAGACUUUUCAUAAUUUAUUGAUGGAGGAGAUUUAAAUUUAAAUUAAUUAAUAUCAGUAGAAAAGAUAAUUAAAGAGAGAGUGAUUAGUAUAUCCAAAUAAGUUUUAUAAAGUGCAAAAGAGAAUGAUGUGUUUUGUUUAUUAGAUUAUAUGAUGGAGAUGUGUUUAACUAGAAGUAAAAUAAUGAAUGGAAAUACGAAUAUAGAUUUCUCUUUGAUACAUGAAAAAAAAUAAACAUCAGAUUAUUUAGCCUAAUUAAAUUAUAAAUUAAAUGAGUUAUAUAGUUUUUGA